CGUUUCUCGUGUGUUCGGUGUUAUUUGGUUGUUUUCUCGGUGUGUUUGGUGUGUUUCGGUUGAUUUCUCGGUGUGUUUUGGUUGAUUUCUCGCAGAUGUCGGGGAUGGACGUGUGGCUCGGCGCGGAGACCGGGCUGCUCAAAGGCGUGAGCUUGAGCCGGAAACAGGCGGUGAACUUCGGCAGCUCGAGCCGCCUGAGCCGCGCGCAGGAGGUCCGCGCGCUGAGCUGGACCGGGCGCGGGGAGGCGGAGGUGCUCGUGGGCUCGGCGGACGGGCUCGUGCGCACGUUCAGCGCGGAGAAGGGCGCGUUCACGUCCUCGCGCCGCUGCGGGGAGCCGCACGAGGGCUGCUUCAGCGGGCUCCUCGCGCUCGGCCCCGCGCUGGCCACGUGCACGGAGAAGGGAACCGUGCGCGUGUGGAAGGAAGACUGUGACGAGCCCGUGACGGAGGUGCGCGCGGGGGAGCACGUGCACAGGAUGCGUCAGAGUCCCGUUGCUCCUCACAGAGUGGCCACCGGGGGGAAGGAGAACCCCCUGAAGAUCUGGGACCUGGAGAACCCGGACAAACCCGUGUUCAGCGCCAAAAACCUGCGCGACAACUGGCUGGACCUGAAGCAGCCCCACUGGGUCCGAGACAUGGCCUUCCUCCCCGGGACCGACAAAGUGGUCACCUGCACCGGCUACCACCAGGUUCACGUGUACGACCCCGGGUCUCCGCGGCGGCGUCCUGUUCUGGAGGCUGUGUUCGGGGAGGUUCCUCUGACGUCGUUGUCGGUGGCGGGGGACGGGCUGGCGGUGGCGGUGGCGAACACGCAGGGGCAGAUGGCGCUGCUGGACCUGAGGAAGGGGCUGGUGCGCGGCGUCCUGAAGGGGGCGACGGGGAGCGUGAGGGCGCUGCACUGUCACCAGACCCUGCCCCUCGUCGCCUCCUGCGGCCUCGACCGACACCUGAGAGUCCACAACCUGCACGACCGCAGCCUGCAGCACAAGGUUUACCUGAAGUCUCGUCUGAACUGCCUCCUGUUCUCCAGCAACGACCCGAACGCCGAACCCAAACCCGUCAAAGUGAAAGAGGAAGAGGAGGAGGAAGAGCAGGACGAGGUGUGGGACAAGAUGGAGAGCGUGCACGAGGACGGGGGCGUGCACGAGGACGAGGAGGACGAGGAGGAAGAGGAGAGCGCGCACGAGACUGAAACCGUACACGAGGAAAACAAGAGCACACACGAGGAAGAAGAAGAAGAGGAAGAGGAGGAGGAGGAGCCUGAGACAAAAGUAAAAACCAAAAGGAAAACCGACUCUAAAAAAGGUCAGAAAAAGACGAAGAAGCGUAAAAAGGAGCAGGACUGAGACACUUUUUAUAAACUCUGAGAAACAAAUGGGAAAAAAAAGACAUUUUGUGACUUUCAGCUCUGUCAGAAGUAUUAAAAAUCAGACCCUAAUCGAUACUUAAACUAGUAUCGCAAGUAUCGAUCCUAAAAAGUCCCACUGAACGUCUUUGGAACAAUCUGGAACUGUUUCAGAACAAGGAUAAACUCAUGGCAACAUACAAUUCUGUUAUUUUGUUUGGAAAAUUACAUUCUACAUGCAAAACUUCUGGUAUCGUAAUCAGUUUAGAGCAUUGACAGAACUGAGAUGAAGUUUGAAAUAUAAAUAUGAGAACAAUAAACAGAAGAAGUGGGAAGAGGAGGAGCUUUUUUACUCUGUUUUAUUGAAUGUUGGAAGUGGAUACAUACUUAGCCUGAUUCAUCGGCCGGUUUCACUUUGUGGAAACCGUGUGACCUCACAGUGUUAGAAUUCGUUCGCUCGACGGUAAGCAGGUACUGUUUUUAUUGAACCAAUCGCUGCUGUUUGGUCGUGACGUUUGUAAAGCUCCAAAUCCUGUAGGAAGAAGAACAACAACGUCUUUUCCCCGAGAUCAAAUUCACCAAACAUUCUCUUUGUUCUGGUUUUAAAUCCUCGAUCUCAGGAAUCAUUACCAACACACAAUGUCUGUCUCUUCUCUGAUUGGCUGGUGCCCGAACUCACACUUCCGGGUUCUUACAAAUCGUCUAGUGUUUUCUGAUUCCUGAUCUAGUCGCUGGAGAGAAAUGAAAUUGAGCAGAGGCACUAGGUGGCGCCAGACUGGCAAGAACGAUCUAUAAUUUUGGACCGAAAAUCGCGAUAUCAGACGACACGAUUUUGGGAGCAUCAAAGCUGCAGCGCUCCUAAAGCCCGAUUUAUGGAUUCGAAGUCUGUGCGCUAGGGAUGGGCAUGAUUAGUCGAUUAAUUAAUAAUUGAUCAUUAAUAAUUUCAUCGAUUCCGUUCAUUUUAAUCAACAAACUGAAUGUAUGUUUGUGUGUCGUGACCAAACAGGUGUGUACAUGUGUCUCUGCAUCAGAAGGAGCGAGACACAAACAGUGGGUCAGUCUGUAACGAACCGAAGCACAAAUGUGGAUUUAACCAGGAUUUGUAGAAGAAAUUCCACACUUUCCGUUGCGUUGGGACAAGUGUGAGUCCAUGUGCACAGUGGAUAAAGCAGCACAUAUGUUUCUGUGUCCAGUGGGAAAAAGUUUUUCCAGGUGAGAGUCGCUCAAUGUGGAUGACGAGGCCCCGCCCCCCUCCCCCCGUACGCUGUCCUGGUUUUGACAAACACAAAUCUGGUCACACUGACCUGUAUUCACCUGAGUCAUGUCUUUUAAUCCAACACAAGUUGAACCACAUCAGCGACACAAGAGCUGGAGUUUUAUCUUCACUUAGUUUAUGUAAAUUAGUGAUGUGGUUUUAAGUUUUGUUUCUGUGAGAUUUGAACAAAACUGAAUUAAACACAUUAUAAUGUCAAACAGCUGAUGUGGAUCUAGAGUCGUUAUGUUUAUAUGUCGUAAAGUUGAAUUUAUUGAUGCAGAUUAGUGCAGAUAGUAAUAAUAAUGAUGAUCAUUUUAAUAUAAAAAUGUUAAUAAUCGAUCGUUAAUUCUGAAAUCGUUAUUCUGAAAAUGUAAUCGAAGCCCAUCCCUCGUUGACAUGUUUUUCUCUCAGACGGAGACGGAGUUUUGGUUCAUUCUGGUAUUUUCGUGAUAAACGUCCUAAAGUUUCCUCUUUUUCAGUUGGAGACUCGUCUGUUCUGAAUCUGUCUGAUUUUUAUUAAACUCGAGCUUUUCCUUUGUGUCUCGACUCAGUUUCUUUUGUAAAAUAAUAUAAGAAGUCAAUAAAACGUUCAAAAACUGCAACAUUUUA